AGAAAAUGGAAAUGUUAUUCAAGCUUCAUAUUCUGAUCCGUCGUCCCAGAGAAAAGGAAACAAAGUAUAUAUAUACACACCAUACUGAGCUGCCUAACUAACCAAAAAUAUCUAGCCUAACAAACCAAAAAUAUCUAAGCUAGAAAGUAGGGACAAUUAGUUAGGAGAAUUGGACAGCUGGCAUGGACAGCCAAGCAAAGCUCGGAGAUCCUUUGAACAUUUAUGAUUGUUCAGAGUGCGUUGAUAGAAAGGUGCCAAGUAGAACAGAAUCUGCUGCUCGUUCAAAUGUAAAGGAUAUUGACAUAAUUGUAACAUAUAGUGAUGCUCUCGGAGCAAUUAAAGCCGCUCGAGUGAAAUCUGAGAGCCUCUCAAAGUCUUGGGCCUGGAAAAAUCCCAGUGGUGAGAAUGUUGAUGGAAAAGAGAGUUCAAAGGGGUCCGAUGAUCCAUUUGAUCCGGAGUCUAAUUCUGAGUACAAUAAUCAGCGUACUAAAGAAGUUGUAAUUCAGAAUGUUGAUGUAACGCCACGUCAGCAAACAUAUACCAUGCAUCCAAUGAAGCUCAAGCGCAAGAUAGAACGACAAAAAAGAAGGGAACAAAGGACUGCAGAUCUGAUUCAGCAGGAUAAAGAAACGGACGACCAGAUGCAAAAUGCUGCCAUUGAACGAGCCCAGAAGCUGGAUACAACUAUUAAUGGAAAAUUCAAUAUAUGGAGGAAAGAGUAUGAAAACCCCAACUCUGACUCUAUCGUGAAGCUUAUGCGUGACCAGAUCAUAAUGGCAAGAGCUUAUGCGACUAUUGCAAAAGCAAAUAAGAGUGACAGUUCUUUGUAUGACUUGUUAAUGAAACAUUCUAGAGAAAGUCAGAUGGCAAUUGGAGAUGCUUCGUUCGAUGCUGAACUGUUGCCAAGUGCAUUAGAACGAGCAAAGGAAAUGGGGCAUACACUCUCCACUGCGAAGGACCAAUUAUAUGACUGUAUCACCAUUGCAAGGAAAUUAAGGGCCAUGCUUCAAUUUAGUGAAACAAGUGUGAAUUCGUUGAAGAAAAAAAGUGCGUUCUUGAUACAGCUAGCCGCCAAAACUGUCCCCAGGCCAUUACAUUGCCUUCCUUUGCUUCUAACGACAGACUAUCAUCUUCGUGGUUAUGAAGAAAAGGAGUUCCCUAAUAAGGAGAAACUUGAAAAUCCAUCACUGUACCAUUAUGCAAUCUUUUCCGAUAAUGUGCUCGCAACGUCUGUCGUUGUGAAUUCAACAGUGCUGCACACUAAGGAUCCCGAAAUGCACGUUUUCCAUGUGGUGACGGAUAAGCUGAACUUUCCAGCUAUGAAAAUGUGGUUCCUUGUGAAUCCACCUGCUAGUGCAACAGUUCAGGUUGAGAAUAUAGACGAUUUCACAUGGCUAAAUGCUUCUUACUGCCCCGUUUUACGUCAGCUUGAAUCUGCAAGAAUGAUAGAGUAUUACUUCAAGGCUCAUCACUCUGCCACACUCUCUUCUGGGACUGACAAUUUGAAAUAUAGAAACCCUAAAUAUUUGUCAAUGUUAAACCAUCUACGGUUUUACCUUCCUGAAAUAUACCCAAAGUUGGAUAAGAUAUUGUUCCUGGAUGAUGAUAUUGUCGUUCAAAAGGAUUUGACCCCUCUUUGGUCUGUCGAUCUUGGAGGUAUGGUUAAUGGUGCUGUAGAGACUUGCAAGGAGAGCUUUCAUAGGUUUGAUAAAUAUCUGAACUUCUCCAACCCAAAGAUAUCUGAGAAUUUCGAUCCAAAUGCUUGCGGAUGGGCUUUUGGCAUGAAUAUGUUUGAUUUGAAUGAGUGGAGGAGACGGAACAUCACGGGAGUAUAUCAUCGUUGGCAAGACAUGAAUGAGGAGCGAACGCUUUGGAAACUCGGGACUUUGCCUCCUGGGCUGAUCACAUUUUACAACCUGACCUAUCCUCUGGAUCGGAGCUGGCACGUUUUGGGCCUCGGCUAUGAUCCGGCGCUCAACAAAACAGCCAUUGAGAAUGCUGCUGUUGUCCACUACAAUGGAAACUAUAAGCCAUGGCUGGAUCUCGCCAUCACCAAGUACAGAACUUACUGGUCCAGAUAUGUAAUGCCGGACAACCCUUACCUUCAAAUUUGCGGAACGCCCCCGUGAGCCAUAAAUACACAACGGAGACAAUCUAAUUGGUUAGCAAGGCAAGGGGUGCCAAGGAGGUAAGACCCGAGUUCAAUUCCUGGCAAUGUGUUGGGAGGCAACUAUGUUAAGCAUAGGGCUUCUGCAAGUACCAGGUGUAGGCUCCACUCUUUGUUACCAAUCUGCGAUUAAUGUCUAAUUUACCUCCUUUUAGUGACCGUUCGGCCGGGUCUGGGGGAUGGGGCUCAUCCUUUUUUUUCUCAUAUCAGUUCUUCUAAAUGCAGUGUUUCGAUGGUGACUAGAUCAGUAUAAAUAACUUAUCAUUUGAUUUGUUUUUUAAGAGAUCAAAAAUCAUCUUAUACUACUUCCGUUCUUGAAAACAGUUCUCAUUUGACCAAAUACUAAAAUAAAGAACUGUUAAAUUG